GUCCCCUCCGUCUAUCCCGUAUCCAUUACAAAAAAAGGGUUUCAAAGGGGAAGGCGUCUUCACAAACGUCUUUCUUCCUCUCGCGAGAUUUUCUUCUUCCUCUCUCCAUCCAUUUCAUUCUCAGAUCUCUUCUUCUUUAGCCCAAAAUGAGAGAGUGCAUUUCAAUCCACAUCGGUCAGGCCGGUAUCCAGGUCGGCAAUGCCUGCUGGGAGCUCUACUGCCUCGAGCAUGGUAUUCAGCCCGAUGGCCAAAUGCCAGGCGACACUACUCUCGGUGGAGGUGAUGAUGCUUUCAACACCUUUUUUAGUGAAACAGGUGCUGGAAAGCAUGUUCCUCGUGCUGUUUUUGUUGAUCUUGAGCCUACUGUCAUCGAUGAGGUGAGGACUGGAACUUACCGCCAGCUCUUCCACCCUGAACAGCUAAUCAGUGGCAAGGAAGAUGCUGCCAAUAAUUUUGCCCGUGGUCACUACACCGUUGGUAAGGAAAUUGUUGAUCUCUGCUUGGACCGAAUCCGUAAGCUGGCUGAUAACUGCACUGGUCUUCAAGGAUUCCUUGUUUUCAACGCUGUUGGUGGUGGUACUGGUUCCGGUCUUGGCUCCCUCCUUUUGGAGCGUUUGUCUGUUGACUAUGGAAAGAAAUCCAAGCUUGGGUUCACUGUCUACCCCUCUCCACAAGUCUCAACUUCUGUUGUUGAGCCUUACAACAGUGUCCUCUCAACCCAUUCUCUCUUGGAACACACUGAUGUUGCUGUGCUCCUUGACAAUGAGGCCAUUUAUGAUAUCUGCAGGCGCUCCCUUGACAUUGAGCGACCCAACUACUCUAACCUCAACCGUCUUGUAUCCCAGGUCAUUUCAUCUUUAACUGCCAGUUUGAGGUUCGAUGGUGCAUUGAACGUGGAUGUGAACGAAUUCCAGACUAACUUGGUCCCUUAUCCCAGAAUCCACUUCAUGCUUUCCUCCUAUGCACCAGUGAUCUCAGCCGAGAAGGCUUACCAUGAGCAACUCUCAGUGGCUGAAAUCACCAACAGUGCCUUCGAGCCCUCAUCCAUGAUGGUCAAGUGCGAUCCCCGACAUGGCAAGUACAUGGCAUGCUGCCUGAUGUAUCGUGGUGAUGUUGUGCCCAAGGAUGUGAAUGCUGCUGUUGCCACCAUCAAGACCAAGCGUACCAUUCAGUUUGUUGAUUGGUGCCCCACUGGAUUCAAGUGUGGUAUCAACUACCAACCACCUACUGUUGUCCCUGGAGGUGAUCUUGCCCGGGUGCAGAGAGCUGUCUGCAAGAUCUCAAACUCUACCAGUGUUGCCGAGGUCUUCUCUCGUAUUGACCACAAGUUUGAUCUCAUGUAUGCUAAGCGUGCUUUCGUGCACUGGUAUGUUGGUGAGGGUAUGGAGGAAGGAGAGUUCUCUGAAGCCCGAGAGGAUCUUGCCGCCCUCGAGAAGGACUAUGAGGAGGUCGGUGCUGAGUCGGCUGAGGGUGAGGACGAUGAAGGAGAGGACUACUAAACAUGUUGCCCGAUCUCGGCUCAUUGUUAGGAGUGUUGGUGUCUCUCUGUUGUUAUGUCUUUGUUCUUUUCCUUCUUUACAUGAAAUGUUAUGCUGUGAUACUUCUUGUUUCCAAGGCUUUUGCGAACCAUCUAUGUUUUUAAAUCAAAUUGCCAUUCUAUAAAAUGGCCUUUGUGUUAUAUUCUUUGGCAUGGAAUUUCAAUGUUAUUUUGUACUGCGCGUCA